GUAGAAACUUCUAAGACUCAAGUUCAAAAUGCGUUCCCUUAUUGUCUUCGCUCUGUUGGCCUUCUUGGCUGUUGCCUUUGUGGCUGCCCGUCCUGCUGGGGAUGAGGAAUCCUACUCUUUAGCUGUGGUGGAUAUUCCUGCUUUGGAUUCGACCAGCAAUGUCGAGGGAUCUACCGAUCAAGAGAGCACCACUUCCGAAGCUUCUGCCGUUGAGAAUGAGUCUACUACUGGUUCUUCGAUCAAAAGUCACAUUCGUCCCUUCUGGCCCAGGUUCGGAGGUCACGGUCCAGUUGUGAUCAGGCGUCAUCCUGGUUUUGAAACCAUCCUACCAGUUUUAUAAACUUGUUUCUAGAAGACUUCUAUAAUCUUCUUUUUUCCUAAACAAAGGAUUUUAAAUCUUUCAACUUAAGCAACACUUUUUCAAAACUUCCUUUCAACCGGUUCUAUUCUUCUCUACCUUCUCUAUGUAA